AUGAGUAAAAUACUGCUUUGCAAAUCUAAGGUGUUUCUACACCCAACAAGUGACGCCAGAGAUAAUGUCGCCGGUUUCCUGCUACUUACCUUAGAGCCCAACAAGCUGUCUCACCAAACCAUCCUCCAAUAUAUUCCGGAAUCUUGCCUAUCCUCAUCCGAGUUAUCAAACCUGCUAAAGCAUGAAUCUAAAGUGGGAAUGUGUCCAACUUCUACGCCAUUUGUUGUUGAGAAUUCCAUAGAUUUUUGCAACCUAGUCAACACCUCUUCAGGUCUAGCUUUCGGCAUUUCUCUUUCACAGAUAUACUGCAUCCAAUUUAGGCCCCCCAGUCCAAAUGGCUGGUAUGUUGGAUCGUUAGUGAUAUAUCCUUUGGCGGAACAGUUCACGGGAUUUCAACCCCCUGUUUUGUUCUUUCAUGAUCAGCUCUGUCCGUCGACUACUGACAAGUUGAAAAGACUACGUAAAUCCAUGAACCCCUUCGAUGACUCAGAUGAGUUGUAUUGGGGUGGCGUAGAUUUGAGAAAUAGAAUCAAUGAACUGAUGGAACUCAAGAAAUCAAACUUGGAACCAGAAUUUUGGCUCGUAAAUCCUACUUUGAAUGAUUUGAGAAAUUUUGUCUCCAAGGAUUUAUUGGAAAGCUAUAACAACCAGAGUAAGAACGCAAACGGACCCUCAACAGCUGGCGUGAAACUAAACGAGAAGCUGCAGGAAUGGAAGUGGAACGUUAUGAGCAAGAUAGCAGACGUGACAACCAAAUCGACCAAUUUUAUCGACAGUUGGUUUACCAAUAAUUCAGCUUUACAAAAAUCACAAAUUGACAAUGAAUACUUACAAAAACUGUUGAAUAAUGAAAAAGUUAAACAAAUUGAACAAGAUUAUGAUUCUGCAAGAGUAUAUCUGGCAAACUGGUCAUUGGGGGUGAAACAGGAGGCUGAAAGAUACCAAAAGCAAAACAAACUUUUCGAUUCGUAUAGAAAUAACAUUUUUAACGAUCUCAAUUUAACUGAUGAACUAAAUGACACGGAAAUCAACAAUGCCCUACAACGGCAAUUUCCUUUAACAGAAGCGAAAUGGAAUUCACUUUGGGAUGAGAACGAUGGGAGGCUGAGAGUCACGGUAAACGAAGUAAAAGAUUUCAUAUUCCAUGGUGGGUUGGAAAAUGACAGUUUGAGAAGAGAAGUUUGGGGCUUUCUCUUGGAAAUAUACCCCUGGGACUCUUCUAAGGAUGAAAGAUUGCAGAUCGACCAAACUUUAGCUGCGGAAUACAAUCAGUUGAAGUUAUCCUGGUCAAAGGAGUUUCUACAAUUUGAUGACGAAGAUGAAGAAGAAUACUGGAACGACCAGAUAUUCAGAAUAUCUAAAGAUGUAAGACGUUGUGAUAGAAACCUGGACAUAUUCCAGUACAAUACCGCCGAUGGACUACCACCAUUGCUGCAAGAAUUAAGUGAGAACAAUGAUGGAAGCGAUGAAACUGCCGCAUCGGCUGGCGAUGAGAGCGAUGAUGCUGAAGGUGAGAUCAAAAACCCGCACUUGGUUCAUCUGCAAAAUAUUCUCAUCACUUAUAAUGUUUACAACACAAACCUAGGCUAUGUGCAAGGAAUGACAGAUCUUUUAUCGCCCGUUUACGUCAUCAUGAAAGAGGAGUGGAAAACGUUUUGGUGUUUCUCCCACUUCAUGGAUAUAAUGGAGAGAAAUUUUCUGAGAGACCAAAGUGGCAUCCAUGAACAAAUGCUAACUCUCAUGGAAUUAGUUCAAUUGAUGUUGCCUGAGUUAAGCGAACACCUUAACAAGUGCGAUUCGGGAAACCUGUUCUUCUGCUUUAGGAUGCUUUUGGUAUGGUUCAAGAGGGAAUUUGACAUGGAAGAUAUCAUGCAUAUAUGGGAAAAUUUUUGGACUUUUUACCUCAGUUCCCAAUUCCAAUUAUUCUUCAUGUUGGCCAUCCUGCAGAAAAACUCGCAAGCCAUUUUACAGCAUCUUAACCAGUUCGAUCAGAUACUGAAAUUCUUUAAUGAACUCAACGGGAAACUAGAUUGGAAUGACCUGAUGGUCAGGGCUGAGCUCUUGUUCAAGAAAUUCGAAAAAAUGAUGCAUGUCAUGGAAAGAGAUCUACAAAACUCGUCUUCUUCUUUAUCCUCCUCUGCCGGUGUGUUGCCCUGUCAAAGUGAAAGACUGAACUUACUCCUUUCCAAAAAAACUAUCAUUAAGCAUGAGGGGAAAAGAAGCAAGGACUCUGUUAAAUAA